CCGGAGCGAGGCCUCCCCAAUCAGCCGCACGUACCAGGCUUAUCGACGGACAGUUUACUGAGUAGCAUUGGAAGGUGGACUUUAUCAACAUCAGCAGGACUGGAGGCACUGGCAGUGCUGCUCCCAAGUACCAAUCCCCCAACCAACCAGAGCCUUCCUAAUUGAGUCGUUGAAGCCAAACCCAAAAUGGAAGCUUAGUCUUGGCAAAGUCGAGAUGCGAGCCGGAGUCCGCUGCCGUCAGAGAGGGACAUAGGAACCUCUGAGCUCGAGCAGUUGUUCAACUUCCACCAGCAGCGCCGUAACAAUGUCGUUCUUGCGGUCACCGAGCUCCCGGCAGCUCUCAAGAGCCUGUUUCCAGGCCCCUAAAUCAACCUCAGCCAGAUGGCUGUCUCAAACGCCGCAGCGACGAGUAACCGACCCGGACCCAAGAGCGAUUCCAGAUGCCUUAGCCAUGCAAGCAACGGAAGACCAAGCUUCCCUCGUUGAGAUCGAUCAUCCUCCCGAGACCACUCUAGAGACGUACCAUCCUCAUCACCAACCUAAUUAUAACGCCCCAGUUGACCACGGCACAUCGCUGGUCUCGCCUGUGCCGAGACGUGUGAUGGACGGUAGCGAACCCGGGAAGACUACUCCGGCAGCGGUUUUGUCGGGCGCUCCCAUUGACCUACAGGCACGAACUGUCAGAAUCUACAAGCAAGCCAAGCCCGCUACGCAGUCAGGGACAUGGGGAUCGCAUGCCUGGCGCAUGGAUUGGGAUAUCCUGUCCAAGGGCCACCGCUGGGAAAACCCCCUUAUGGGCUGGCAAUCUUCGGCCGAUUUCAUGCAAGGGACCAAGAUUGGCUUCAAGUCGAAGGAAGACGCUGUCGCAUUCGCCGAAAAGCAAGGCUAUGAGUGGUAUGUCCAGGAACCACAGGAGCGGCGAUUCGUGCCAAAGGCAUAUGCAAACAACUUCCUCCACGAGCCGGGUCCAAAGUUGAAGCAUAUCAAAACGAAAUAGGACAGUGAAACAAGCAUAUACAUGAGUGCGAUUAAACAGCGGCCUGUGGGUGAAGCCAUCUGAUCUUACGCAUGGUGCACUCCGCGUGCUGAAGCAAAUUCAUGCGGAAAAGAGAGACAACCUUGCAGAAGGCAAUGAGUGAUUCAAUUGGCGUUGAGCAUCGUUUUUUCGGAGCCGUUUGGCCGUUGUAUAUAACACCCGGCUUGCGGACACCCACAGAAAUGAAAGAGACCAUUUCAAACGAUUGGCUUGGUUAAAUCCUGUCCAUGGUCGUCGUCUGACUUGCAUGUUCUGGCCCUUGAGCCGCCUAUGGAUGAUGCUCAUUAACACUGUUCUAGUCAUGCACACCGCAAGCGAAUGUUCGACAAUGUCGGCUUAUGAAGAGCGUUGAUUCCCACGAGAAGAAAAGGGUUUGACGUCGCGAUUAUCAACCAUACCAUCAAUAACCAUGAGAAUUUCCCCUGAAAGAUCCCUUGCCCGCAUUGACCAUGCAACAGGCAUGGAGGUCUUAUAAGACAUCGUCCAAACUUCUCGCGUUCGGGGGCCACGCGAAAUGAAUGUCCCCAUCAAUUCACAGAUUGAACCAUGAUCCGCGUUGCGAAGCGAAGGCUGUCGACCCAACCACCUGAGCCCUUCAAACCCGGAAAUCAUCCCCGAAAGAUCUUGGUCCGAUCAUCGCCCCGUUUCGACACUUCCCUUUCCUUGCCCAGUUGUCCCAGUGCCGAUUUUAGUAAUUGUGUUUCGCAGCUUGUUUGUUAACAUCAGCCUGUCGAUUAUGGCUCGUCUCGUGCACUUUAUCCUUGACAGCGUCGCCAGCGGCUCUCAGGCGCGUAGAGGUUCGCACAUUGGGAUCUUUGGCAAUCCUGUAUGUAUGUGAAACAAAUCAGAUCAACUUUUGCUCUCGGUCGGAUUUUGAUACAGACGCCCAUAACAGUGAUGACCGA